AAAGGGAAACAGUGGCUGUAGCUAGUUAGCUCAACACUUUCCAAUGGCACUUUUAAUGUCACUCUAUGGCAGUCCUCUCUGAGCCUUCUUCCUGACCUUGACACUUAAGGAAGCCUUAGGCACCUGAAACCAACCCUACAGAGAGUUAUAGAAGACUGAAUGCUAGCAUUGUGUCUCACUGCAAAUGAGAAAUGAGUGUCACAUACUGUGAUGGUGAGAAUACAAGUCUACACAUGUUACAAGAUACACAUCUUUUAUUAGGAAUUCACUGAAUACCUGAACAAUGGAGCUCUUCAAUUUGAUGCUAAAACCUAUAUUGCUAUAUAGAUUGCUGCAUCAGUAGAAUGGUAUAGCAAAAAGGUUAACACCUUAUAUUUCAGUUAAUCUCCCUCCCUUUCCUGUAUCUUCCCAAAUCCUAUCCCACUGGAAAUUUUUCAGCAGUGAGUCAGUAACAACAAAAGUGAGUCUAGGCAGCAGUCGGAUAUCUGUACCUGUAUCAGCAGGCCCUCAGCGUCAUUGGUAUAACACCUUGCCUGUAAAGUUAGGUCCUAGAGGGAACAGUACAGUUUACAGGCACCACAAAGGAUUAUUGUAACUCCGUCCAGGAAAUAUACCAGGGAUGUUAAAAUGCCAAAACUUUUGUUUUCAAAGAUGCGGUUCUAUACAAUUAAAGAUCUGAUGCAAAACGUGAAGCGACCCAGAAGGUCGGAUGUUAUUCUUAAUCGAAAUAGGCGUAAAAAGGACAUCCAGUGCCACAUGGUUCAAAAGAUGAAUGAUGAGACAUAUUCUUCAAACCUGAGUCUUCAGACUGAUCAUAAACUCUACCCGACUUUGGAAGAGUUGCUACGGGAUAAAAAGUAUUUAGCAGUGUUCCGCAGCUUCCUGCAGUCGGAGUUCAGUGAAGAAAACAUUGACUUCUGGCUCUCAUGUGAAGACUUUAAGUCGACCGCCUCGAUGGACGACCUUGGCUGGAAAGCAGAGGGAAUCUACCAGAAGUUCAUCCAGCCCUCAGCCUGUAGAGAGAUCAAUGUUGACCACCACAUUAGAGAGAAGAUCAAGAGUACUUUGGAGCAGCCGAGCCUCUCCUGCUUUGAUGAGGCCCAGAAACAUGUUUACCUACUGAUGGAAAGAGACUCUUACCCCAGAUUCCUUCACUCAGAUGCCUACAUGAGUGUAAAGAACAAAUCCAGGACUCUCUGGUACAUUUAGGUCAGAACGCUGUAUCAAAACUGCUUUUCUAAUCCUUGUUUUAUUUUUUCUAAUCCUUGUUUUAUUUUUUCUUAUCCUUGUUUUAUUUUUUCUUAUCCUUGUUUUAUUUUUUCUUAUCCUUGUUUUAUUUUUUCUUCUAUUCGGCUGAAUUUAAAAGUUAUUUCACACUGUAAGAGAUGUGAAGCUUGGAUCAAACCUGAGAUGAUGUAUUGAUGAAAUGUUGCAGAAGAUAAUGAAGAAGGAGCAGAGAAAAGUGAUGCAAGUAGAAAAAGAAAUAAAUGUAAGUGGGGUAGAAAGAACGCUGUUUGUAUGCGUCAGUAUAGUUUGGAUUUGUUGGAAAUAUCGUAUGUGUUGACGAAAAGUUUUAGUAAGUUAUAGAGCAAAAUACAAAUGACAAGGAAUGACUAAUUCAUAGUUUCUGAUAUGAACAAUGAAACAUAUAGUUUUCAGAACUUUACUAUCCUUGGGUACAUUUCAAGAGAUAAGUUGUUUUCUUUCAUCAUCCAUAACUGUUAUUAAUGUUCUUACUUGUUUCCAUAUGGUACGAAUUUUGAGACAUUGAUUUAUAUUUAUCUAGCUAGGGGGAGCGAGGAGAUUCUGUUUUUGGUCACAUGUCUAAUGUAUCCUUUAAUGAGGAGCAGGGAUGACUCUAUACACCAGCAAUAGGGUUUACCAAACUGGAAAAAACUAACCCGCAGUAACCCUUGAUCUCACUCAGUUCUGUAAAUGGCCUUAUUCCUCAGAAUUGUGCCUUAAAAAGGAGUACCGAGGCAGCUAAUAAUAACUCCAGAGGCUUAAACGACAACACUGGAGUCAUCAGACAACCUGAUACGUAACAGAUCAGGCUGAAUAUGCUGCCUUGUUAGGGGAAUAAUCUCAUCGCCCGCAGACAAUGAUAGCAGAGAUACACAGCUGCUUUACUUGGAGAAAUAUAAAGCAACAAGUUUACUUUUGAAAAAGACCUGACUGUUUAAAUACAAAUAUUAAAGUGGAAAAUAAGCUUUUUACGUUUUACUGAAAUAAAGAUUUUUUUUAUGGUUCAAA